GAAGGAAUGGAUGAUUUUCAACAAGCUUUUAUAUGUGCUCCUCGAAUAGAAAAUAAUUGGAAAGUCGAUGCUUUUGCAAUCUUUAAACCAAAGACUAGUUUCACUAAUAUUGCUUGUCGAUUAGAGGAUAGAAAUACAAACUGUCCUGAUAGAUUACGAUUUAUGAGAUCUAGACCUUCAAUGGACUCUUUGAUACCAGUGGAUGGAUUAUUGAGUCAAGUGGAAGAUGUUUUAAGACAAAUUCGUCUAGCUACCUCUGCUGUUAAGUAUUUUGAGGGUUUACAUGGCGAAAUUUCUGAAGAUGAUAAAUUUGUACAUACCAUUUUAGGCAGAGAUAUUGGACAGUCUGGUCUUAUAUUUGCGAAUAGUCCAUUCAUUCGACUUUUACGGAGGGAUUUGGUACCAAUGGGAAAAAUCAUAUCUCUUCCCACUCUCAACUUUUCACGUUCGGAAAUUGAUAAAUUUCUUUCCGACCAUUGCCAGAAAUUGGAUGAAUCUCGUUAUAUUUGCACUCUUAGUAGUAAAAUGUUUAUGAGCGAGGAAUAUGUAUUCAAACACAUUAAUCGUAAAUAUCCCGAAAAACUUUUAAAGAUUAAAGAAAAUGUAGUUAUAUGA